AAGUCAAAAUUUUGUCUAUAUACCUACCUAGUUUGUGGUCAAAAUAAGUUCUUCAGGUCAUUCUAUCCAGAUUUUAAUUUGAUUUGCACAUCAAGAGCUGAUCAUAAAAUCUUUGAAACACAUAACCAAACAAGCAAAAUGGAGCUUUCGGCAGAAGGUAAAACUCCUGAAUAUAUGGCGUUAGCUGGGAUCAAAUUCAAACUCUCCUUGCCUGAAUUCAAAGAUAAUGUUCAAUUAAAAGAACAGCUUCUUCAGGGUAUAAAAGCAGGAAAUAUGGCUCCUUAUUAUAAAGAAGUCUGUACAGAUCUUGGCUGGCAUUUUGACAAAAAGUUGCAUGAUGAGAUGGCAAAACAGAAUGAAGAAAGGUUAGCUAAGUUUAAAGAAGACGAUUCUGAAACUCCAGUCUGGCAGGAUAGAUUGGACUACCUAUGCUCUAUUGGUGACAAAGAAGGUGCCACAGCACUUGCUACCUCAAAGUAUGAAGAUUCAACUUUAACUACAAAUAGAAGAUUAGAUGCUAUCUUUGCUUUGUUUAGAAUUGCUUACUUCCAUGGUUGUAAUGUUAAGGAAAUGGGAACAACUAUUAAUAAGGCUCAUGAGUUGGUCGACAAAGGUGGUGACUGGCGCUCCAGGAACAAACUGAAGGCGUAUGAAGCCAUUUACUGCCUGGCCAUUCGUGAUUACAGCAAGGCUGCCGAUCUAUUCAUUGAUUGUGUUUCCACUUUUGAAUCCUACGAGUUAGUUGAUUUUGGUACAAUCAUCCAGUAUUGCGUGCUGGCCUGUGCGUUGGCAUUAGAACGUCACGCGUUGCAGGCAGCCCUACGGCGCCAGGGGGCCGCUGUGCAGGCUUUACGUUCGCGUUUCCCAGAGCUAAGAGAGUUGGUGGAGUCCCUUCAUGAAUGCAGAUAUGCUGACUUCAUGAAGAGUCUUGCGUGGGUGGAGACCCAAAUCUGCGUGGACCCGGUGUUCCGGCCGCACUACCAGCACUACGUGCGCGAGGCGCGCAUCAAGGCGUACGUGCAGCUGCUGCGCGCCUACCGCUCGCUCAGCCUCGACAACAUCGCCGACACGUUCGGCGUCACCCGCGAGUUCAUUGAAGAGGAAAUCUCCAACUUCACGGCGGCGGGCCGACUGCAGUGCCGCAUCGACGCGGUGGCGGGCUGCGUGGUGACGGGCGCGGGCCGCGGCGCCGACGCCGACCGCUCGCAGCUGUACCAGGCCACCAUACGCGAGGGCGACCUCCUUCUCAACCGCGUCAAGAAGCUCGCCAGCGUCAUCAACUUCUAGCCUUUAUGUUGUUCUGGUAACGCGAUCUUGUAUUUUCGUAGUUCGUUCCGUAAUUUAGCUCAUAUUUGACGUUUCAUGGGUGGGUUCUCAGAGUGUUUCAACCGCUGCGGCCCGCUGUCAUUAUAUAUAUAUUUCUAUAAUGAUAUAAUUACUCAGACACUACCCAAAUCAAAAAUAAAACCGUCUAUUAGGUACCUGUACCCGUGGAACGUCACAAAUGCAUUCUAAAAUUGUCACUUAACAAUUUAGUAAUUAAUCUGUAUGAUGCGUGUAUUGCUGCUUUUAAGUACCUACCGUAUUAUUUCAUUGUUGAUAUCAAAUAGAAAAUUGAUUGCCGAUUGGUAAGGAUGUCCAAAACAGUCAGCGUCGCAAGUUUUUAUAUAUUUACUAAUCUAUAAAUAAGAAAAUAUUUUGUGAAUGAUAACUGCAAGUAGGCAUUUCAGGUUGUAACUGCUUAUAUUGCAAUACAAAUAUUUUAUAAACUUAUAGUAAUAAAGUUAAUGAAGUAAUAA